CCAGCAUCCUGCCCCUGUGAACAGAAUCUCUCCUCGGGGUGGAAGCGGAGACGAGACGCUCGCUCGCGGUUUUGCCCGCAGGAUCCGCUUUUUUUCUCUUUUUUUGUUGUUUUCAUCGCACCUGCUCUGGAUGCGUUUUUCUUUCAGGUCUCGAUCGGGCCCGACGCCGAGGAGGAAACCAGCCCUGACUCCAGGGCCUGCUGCCGCACACCGGCCUCUGCUCUCGGGGCUUUGAGACAAACAUCGACUCCCGGAGGUUUUGAGAGAGUUUCGGUGGUUUUGCUGCGCCCUGCCGGAUCGAUCCAGCCAGACUCGUCGGUGCCAUGGAGCCCACAUCAGCCUGGUCCUGAUCGGCUCAAGGAAGCGGCGUCAAGAGGAGCAGCCAUUCUGGCCUAAACUCCACUCCUGCUCCAAACAGACAGACAGACAGACAGCGGUGACGAGCGACAGACAGGCGCAGCCAAGUCAUGGAGGCGAUAUGGCUCUAUCAGUUCCGGCUGAUCGUCAUCGGGGACUCCACGGUGGGCAAGUCGUGUCUGAUCCGGCGGUUCACGGAGGGCCGCUUCGCCCAGGUGUCGGACCCCACCGUCGGCGUGGACUUCUUCUCUCGGCUGGUGGAGAUCGAACCGGGAAAGCGGAUCAAGCUGCAGAUCUGGGACACCGCGGGGCAGGAGCGCUUCAGGUCCAUCACCAGGGCUUACUACCGUAACUCGGUGGGCGGGCUCCUCCUGUUCGACAUCACCAACCGCCGCUCCUUCCAGAACGUCCAUGAUUGGCUGGAGGAGGCUCGCAGCCACGUCCAGCCGCACAGCAUCGUCUUCCUAUUGGUGGGUCACAAAUGUGACCUGGAGGCGCAGCGCCAGGUCACCCGUCAGGAAGCAGAGAAGCUGGCGGGGGCGUAUGGGAUGCGCUACGUGGAGACGUCGGCCCGUGACGCCAUAAACGUGGAACACGCCUUCACCGAGCUGACCAGGGACAUCUUCGCCCUGGUGCGGUCUGGCGAUAUCACGAUCCAGGAGGGCUGGGAGGGCGUGAAGAGCGGGUUUGUCCCCAAUGUAGUUCACUCCUCGGAGGAAGUGACCAAGAGCGACCGCCGCUGCCUAUGUUGAUCUGGGAAGAGUUUUGCGACUGAAGGUGGAAAGGGGAGGGAUCCAGGAAGGAUUCAGAGGGGAGUGGCUGUCGGACUGAGGUGUCAGCCCUGACUGAAACUGUUGGUAGCCCUCUAUUGCUCUUUCUUCAGACUGGAUACAGAGGAGUUUCAAUGAAAAGACUGGCAGAAGGCGGAGAAGAACACCUUGAACGUGGGUGGACAGCUGAAGGGUUGUGCCCAGUUCUGUAUACCUUUUAUUUCUCAGAGAGGAGGGAUCACAGAUGCUCAUUUACUCGUGAGGGCUCCCAUGAUUCAAUUCCUUUAGUUUUGUUUUGGGCAUCUUGCCUGAAAAACCAUCCCUCCAAGUCUCAGAAAGGCCUUAGAAAGAGGAUCCAUUGUGGUUCUUCGCCAAAAUACGAUGAUACUCUUGACUUGAUUAAUCCUUCUUUCUCCUGUCAUCUCUUCCUUCACGUCUACUUCUCAACCUUCUCCUCCAAUAUGCAAUUACAUGAUCACAUAUGAAACGAUCACUUUUACGUUGGUGCCCGGCAUCCUCCUAGCACAUAUCAUAAAAAAAAAAACGUUUAGUCAGCACUGUUAGGUUCAAACGCCAUCGUUAAUAAGAGUUGUUUUUCUCUUGUGCUGACAUUUUGCUCCACAUUCCACCAUCAGAGCUCAAUGGAGGAGUCCUGGAGGCUCUAAAUGUAACGAGGGGGGGGGUGAUUUCCUUCCCGGAGCUGUGAUUUUGUUGCCAGAGACCACAUUAUUUCUGUUUAGGCCUCCAGUGAGCUCAAUGACAUUGACUACAUGGUUACGUCCACUAUCAUUCUGCUAAAUACAACAAACCAUCGUCACCCAUCCAGUUCCUAUUGGACUCCUUAAGCAGGAGGAGACAACGUGUACAGCUUAGAUGACCGGGGCGGACUUGUUGGACUAGCUUAACACCUCCUAACUGUCUGCCUUUAACUGGGGACUUGUUAGGGUGGACCAGUAGGAACGUUGGAUCCAGAAAGCACCUUAAUAGCCAAGUCCACCUUAACUGUGGAGCCUCAUUUGUGACUUUUGAAGGGUGCUAAACAAGUUGUAGAUAAUUUAUUUGAUGAAAGAGAAAGAGAGGGACCAGACCACGGACUCCACAAAAGAACCACAUUAUCCACAAUGCACGCAUAAGGACAAUAUAAUCAUGCAAAGAAAGUCCCGCUGGCAGGCAUUACAGAUCCAAGCACGGGGGGAACGACACGGUGAAAAUCUGUUCUCAGCAAGUGAUUUAUAUCCUUUUUAUGUGUGUGCGCAAGUGUAAUAUCUCAUCGAACCCUUAUUUUCAUUUUAUUACACUCCAAUGCUACAGGUCGAUGUAACCGGCAUAGCUAGUUGGGAAUUUUCUGCCCUGGACGGUGGUUUUAGAUGCUGAAAAGGUGUUAAUGCAUCUGUCUUGGAGAGAAUUACACUCAGCUGCCAGUUUAUUAGGUACACCUAGCCAAAAUGAAUGCAGUCUAGCACAACAGCCGUGCUGUAAAUCCUCCUCGGAGGUCGUUAUGUUCAUUUUUUGCUGAAGCUGUUUUAGAAAGUUGUUGAUUCAACUUUAUGAUCGUUUUGGAGGCUGCAGUUUGUGCUGCUGUUGAAUUUGAUUGCGUUAUACUAAGAGCUGUUUCUGUUAUUUAGCCUACGCUCUUGGAUAAAAUAGUAUAAACACCUCCGAUGCAACAUAAUUUAACAACACCACAAACUGUAGCCUCAUUAAAUUGAAUUGAUGCCGCUCUAAAACAGCUCCAAACAAAAACUGAACAUUAUGCUCUUUGUGAAAGUGGGAUUUAUUGCCGGGCUGUCGUAUUAGUCUGCAUUCAUUUUAGACAGGCGUACCUUAUAAUGUGGAUACCGGGUGUGCAAAGUCUUCAUUCCUUCCCAGUGUGACUCUGUCUGAACAACAGUGUCCGUCCUCAUUGGCGGCAAUGAGCAGACCCAAACUGUGUCACAUUGGACACAACACCACUGCUGUGGUAACGAGACGAGCAGCGAGGUCACAGCAGGUGUUUGCCAUCACCAAUUAAAGACAUCGCUGUUCGGGCGGUGGCCAACAUGCUUAAAGGUCUAAAUCGCCACUUUCAGCCCUGCGUGGUUCUGUGUGCGUUCACCUUUUACUUUACUUUUGCUUCAUUAAUGUUUUCACGCUUUCACCCAAGACGGCAGACCAGUUAACUGACGUUUCUUUAAACCCCAAGGAGAAUCAAUCAGAGGCGGUGAAGGUCGAAUGAGUCGGCCGGUGACGCGUCAGCUCAGCGGUAACACCUGUAAUCUAUCAGUAGAUCCCCGUUCAAACAACAUGUUCUCAUGAGAUUAGCGCUUCUCCAAAUGUUUUAUGUUUUCGUGAGCCACAUCAAGAUACUUAUUACUGACAAGGAACAGAGACUUUUAGCAUUGUUAGCAACUACAUGUACCUUAACUUAUCUACCUUAAGUACCUGGAUGGCUUGGUGUAGAUUCAUAUUUCUAAGCACCUUUUUUUGCAGAAUCCUUAAACAUUUUUUUUUCCGGAUGGAUCCAGUGUCGGAUCCUUGCUUUGAUCUCUGCCAUAUUUCUUGAUUUUAUCCGAUGCCUUUCAUCAUUAAAGUCAUCUGUAGAUUAGCGUGGAAACUGUAAGUGCUUCAUUUUCUCACGCUGUAUGCCUUCUUUUUACACGUCUCCAAAGAGUUCUGCUUGUUUUGUCUUAUUUUUACAUGAAUGUAUCAGUGGGGUGGGGGGGGGGGGAUUUUACACCGAGUUGUCAUGUAAGAAAUGUGUGAAUGAGAAACAUUUCCAGUCAAAGCGACGCACCCUUUCCUCUUUGUACUUCAACAAAGGUGAUCUGUUUUGAGACUUGAUGGAAAUUAUUCAAAUGACAGUCCAUUUACACUGCUGUACACACUGCGUUACUCCUAACCGAAAUGAGAUGUUGCCAGACAGAAAAGAUUGAUCUGCAUCAAUCCUUCCAGGAAUAAAAAAGAAAAA